AGAUCGGGAGCGACGUGGGCGAGAACCGAGGAAAUAAAAAAAGAAAGAAGGAAGAAAUAUAUGUGUAUCACGUGUUGCUAAAGUACGGUUUCUGAUUGGUCGAUUUGCUCAAUUAUAAUUUCUACUCCUUCUUCAGUGAAAUGCCUGUUCCUAAAGCGUAUGGCGGGAUGAGGUUACGUGAGUAAGAGCCUACAUCUUGUGCGUACGACUACAAAGGAAAUCACACACACAUUUCAAGUUCAUAAAUACAGAAAAGAAGAAUAUAUAUAUAUAUAUAGAUACUAAUAUAUAUGUGUAUAUAUACAAAACUCCCCCACGAAACAGGAAAAAAAAGGAAAAAUUCUUUUAGCUAGCUUCUACUUUCUAUGUCUGAAGCUCUGUUUUUUGUGGGGUUGUGUCGGUUCGGUUCGUCUAAGUUGAAAGAAAGAAAGAGAAGUGAGAAGUGAAAGCACAAAAAAGCAAAAAGCAAAAAAAUAAUCAACAACACAACAACCUAGAAUGGAGAAUGGCCUUCAUCCGGAUUGACAAAAAGCAUAUCGUGUCUAGGCUCCCAUGUUUCUCACACACACAUCAUUCUGUUCACUCAUAGUACGGAUAUCGGUCUACAAUGUUUUAGUUAACAUUUUAGUCGGAGAUAAUUUUGUAAAAUGGAAACCUCACAGACCUUUAAUUUUAACAUACCGAAAUUAAAACGCCAAGCUACAAAAGACAAUUUGCUUGAAAUUGACCCAAAGAGCCGAGAUGCAAAAGAAAUACUUGCAAACGUUACUCGGUCCUAUCUUGACCAAAAUUAUUGCGGGCCUUGGCAGAUUCAAGCGAUUCACUCAGUCCGAAAUACAGAACUGGAACAAGACUAUAGAAGCAAGCGUACUGAAUUAAAAGAAGAAGGCCGACAUAACCGUGAGCUUAGUGAUCAAAUAGCAUUUUAUGCGAUCAGAGACCCUUCCUAUGUUCCAAAGAUAGCCAAAAAUGGUUUAACAACCAAUAACCUGCCAUUUAGUAUCAUUGGAGAUCAUAAUUCUGGCGUGUAUUUGUCCAAACAUGCAGAUGUCAGUUUGCAGAUGGUUGAAACCAUUUCAAAUCAGUUAACAACUGCACUUUUUGUAUUUAAUGUAUUAACGGGUAAAUGUAAACCUGUAAAUGAACGACUGAUGUCUAGUAUUGAACCCACACCAAACUAUGACUGCCAUGUGGGACUUCAACCACCUCAACUCUCAGAUAUUCAUAUCAUUCAAACGCAACGUUCACAGAUAUACUUGUAUGAAUAUGAUGAUGAGGGAAUGCCUGCACCUCGCCCUCGACACUGUCUUCCUUAUGCUGUGAUAACCUAUGAACGAAAAGCAAAUACUAUUGUACCUGGAUCGAUUUCAAAAUCUAUUUAUAUCUACGAUCCAACUAAAGGUCCUCCCCCUAGCAAAAAAUCUGAGGAGAAAAAUGAUUGGAAAAAAGGACCUCGUCAUCCAGUCCCCUUCAAAAAUGUCCCAAAUAACCUCGAGCCUAACAAUCGAAUGCUUCCAGGAAUACGACCACCUCUGUUAGGUCCAGGCUUAUCAGACAGGGACCAUAUGCUUCAGAAUGUUUUUCCUCAAGACACUGAGAGUAGAGCAAAUGAGCAAUGUAGAAUGCUAGCAAGUUUAUUCCUAGGAUACGGGUCACAACCGUCUCUUCCUGAUAUCUCCCAGAAAGUCUUAGUUCAAAGAUCUGGAUCAGAUCCAAGAAUGAAAUGUCGUCAAGAUCAAAUUCCUUUAGAUGUAGAACAUUGCCCACCUCCUAUAGAUAAUUCCGGUUUUUCUAUAGAAAACAACGGACAGUUCAAGCCCCAGUUUUACACUGAUGACAUAAAAAUGGACGUCAGCCAUAUCUGGGGUCAACCAAACCCAAUGUAUGGAUAUGGCAAUGAACCAACUGACCAGAUGAAUUGGUAUCCACUUCCGUACAGUCGACCCUUGUUGCAAAAUGAAGUUGAUCCUCAGUGCUUAGGAGACCAACAUCCAUGGAAGCACGACAAAGAAGAAGUUGCCUUAAACAUGAAUCUCAAUCAGUAUGAAGGAAAUUCCCAGAAUAAACUUGCAAACAGUGAAUGGCAUGCAAGUGGGUCAGAGUUUUUUGAAAAUAAGGACUGGAAGACUAGCUAUCUAAACAACUGUGAUAACAAAAUAUCAAUUGGUUCUGGCAAUACAUUUACUAACACAGGCACUAUGAAUUCUAUUAGUGACACCUCAAAUACUGCUACAACUACUACCACUACUACUGCUACUAGUAAUAGUAGUAGUAGUAGUAAUAGUGGUGGUAGCAGUAAUGCUAGUGCUAUAACUAAAAGGCCAAUACCGUUUGCUUUAAACAAGAAAAAGCCAGCCGGUUUCACUACUGAAACAAAAAUCGGUGAAAAGAAAAGCUCUGACAUAGAACUAACAGAGAAGAGUGUACAGGAUCUUCUAGACAGAUUGCCGACAGUUAAGAAAGAGCCAUCUCUACAUCACACUGAUAUGCCAAAAAAAUCUUCUGUGAAGAACCUUCUGAAGACUUCAGUAUCUGCCUCCAAAAAUCUGUUUGAAUCAGAACUGCUCAAGAAAGGCUCCAAUAAAGCAUCAGAUAGUGUUGCUUCGGUAACAUUUCCAAAAUCAAGCAAGAGUUCGUCAGAGGCCGAGAGUUCCCCCAGUGGUCACAUAAAGGGGCAGGACUGUUCCAUGCAUGAAUUGAUGAUGCAGUUGUUGAGUUCCCAAGAAAACGAACCAUUUGAACCUUCAUCAAAUAAAAAGUCUUCAAUUUUAAAACUGAAGACUAAAAAAUCUGAAGAAUCAACCAAGAAACCUUCUUUGAACAAAAUGUCUAUUGAGGAUCUGAAGAAACUAAAAGACUUUGUGCACUCCAAACUAAAAGCAUCAAAAGAACACAAGAGUGGUUUGACAAAUUCAACUCAGGGCGCUUCGGUGAGAGUCACCCCAAAAAUAAAAACCACGGCCCCAUCUGGUAAAACAGGUUUAAAGACAACAAUACUGCUACCAACUGUUGCAGACCAUACAGAAGAAACUGCUCUGCAGCCUGAGGCUUUGUCAAAAUUGUUAAACACCGUAGAAUCUACUAUUGAAGCCAGGGAGCAGCCCCAGGCACCUGCUAGCAGCAGGGGUGAAGUAGCUGAGGUUUCAGAAUUUGAAAAGAAAUAUAAAUCAUUUCUUCAUAAACUACGGAAGAGGCAAAUUAAAGAUACACAGAGUCACAAACUCCUACAAGGUCCAGAAGGAAUGCUGUGUGAUGAAAUACCUCCUCCGGUGAUGGAUGCUGUUGGUAUUGAUGAUGUCAAUACAAAGCUGAUGAAAGAACUUCUGUUGUUGGACCCAGACAACUCUGAGUCUACCAGUGUGUCAGAAGCUGACAGUCUGUACUUACCCCCAAGUGAGCGCAAAAAGAAAAAGUGCUCUGUGGCGUCUCGGAGCCUGCUUAAAAAGAAAGCACCUUUUGAUAUGACUGGCUAUCGGCGGCGACGGAAACGGCAGAAAAUGAGGAGAAAAGCAUCAGAGUUUGACAACAUCAGCCUCACAUCAACAACUAGUACAUUUGGAGACAAAACGACAUUGAAAGAUAACAAUCUUCUCUCAGAUUUCAACAAAUAUUUAGAUUUAGAUUUCCCGAUAUCUGAUUUAUAUCUUGAACAAGAGAAAUCUUUAUUUGGUGAAGAAUUACCUGUGAAGCGAACACCGACACUGAGAGAUUUUGGUUAUGAUGACUGGAAAUCGGCUAUGUUCUCAGUACGGUUUCAGCCAGUUGUGACCCUGAAUGACUGCAUAAAGCAGAUCACAAGUCAUUUGAAAAGAGAAGGAACAUCCAAUGUGAUGAACUGGAUUGGAAGUCACCAGGACCUCAUGAAUGCUCUAAACAUUCCAGAACAGACAUCAAAUACGGAAUCCCUUUCAAAAUCUCUUUCCUCAGCUACUUCCCAAAUGACAAGUAAAAGUGAAUCUGCGACUAAUAUCAAACUUUCAAAAUUUCACUCUAAAGCAUCUCCAGUUUUUAAGGCAGAUUUUGAAGAAUUCGGUUCGACAAUUGACAUUACUUCUCUGAAAAACGAUGCUAAAAGAAAAUUUGCCAGUAAAUGUGAAAAAGCCAAUAAACUAUUGAAACUCUCUUCAGGUGAUUCUUUCAAAAAGAAAGUCAAAGUAGCAAAAGACAAAUUCUCUUGCAAAAGUCCUCCGAAGGAAAAGAAACUUGGCAUAGAUAAAAAGGUUUCUUCUACUUCGACAACUUCAAAACCUGACAAAGAAAAGAAAGCAUCAACUACAUCUGUUCCCAGCAAAAAACCAUGGAAUCUGUGUAUCAUUCAAACCUCAGUUGAUAAACCCAAACCUAUCUAUGAACCGAAACAGCUAAAAGCCACAAAGUUCUAA